UUCGACCCUUCACCCCUUUGCAAUCCUUUUGAUAUUGACCAUCCCAUAUAAACACUCACAAGAUACUCCAGGAAAGUCGCAUUCAACAUGAAGAUCUUCUCCCUUGCCGUCGUCCUCGCACCCCCUUCCGGCCCCUCCGCCGUCCUUAGCCAAGCCUCCGAUCUCUCCUCCUUCUCGUUCUACCAGAAAGGAUCCGUCGGUGAAUUUAUGACAUUCUUUACGAAGACUGUGGCGGAGAGGACGCCUCAGGGACAGAGGCAGAGUGUGCAGGAGAAUAACUACACGGCGCAUGUGUAUAAUCGGGGUGGGGCGGAGCAGUUGGCUGCCGUAAUCAUUACCGACCAAGAAUACCCGGUCAGGCCCGCCUUCUCCCUUUUGACCAAAGUCUUAGACGACUUCACUGCCAAAGUCCCCCAGUCUUCCUUCUCGAACCCUUCGGCCAUUCAGUUCGGCGAGAUCAAUGCGUACGUGCAGAAGUAUCAGGAUCCGAGGCAGGCGGACAAUAUCAUGAGGGUGCAGCAGGAGCUGGAUGAGACGAAGAUUGUGUUGCAUAAGACGAUAGAAUCAGUACUGCAACGAGGGGAGAAACUUGACAACCUCGUAGAACGAUCGAACGCUCUAUCCCUGCAGAGCAAGGCCUUCUACAAGACCGCAAAGAAGCAAAACUCAUGCUGCAGCGUCAUGUAGUUUCCCUCUCCGUUCCUACAAUUAUGUCUACUUCAAGCUGCCCCGAUUCGAAGAUAGCCAUACAACGUCACGGACGACGCGCUACCAUCUAUUCUCUUACACCGUACACCGUACGACGUACCUUUUCAUAACGCGAUGAUCGGGCUUUGUCGAGUUUCUCCCCUUGUAUUGUAUAGUUCUCAUACCCCAAACGGACGGUCUUUGUUUUCACACGCCUCGAGUGACUUUCGGGAUAUAGACGAGUAUUGUGGUACACAGGCCUUGCGUAUGACGGCAGCUGUUCGGCGUUAGAUGAACGUUCGACUCU